AUGAGAUCUCUUUUCGUUCUUGGUGUAUUCUUCACGGCGUCUGCUCAGGCGACGACCACCAGCGGCAAAUUCACUGCGUUGAGUUUCAAUGUUGCAGGUCUCCCCUCGAUUUUGCAAUCCAACGACGUGAAUGGGUCGAAGACUGAGAAUGCUGGAGAACUCGGCACCUACUUUUCUGAAUACGGCUAUGAUAUCAUUCACAUGCAGGAGGAUUUUAACUACCAUGCAUACAUUUACGCAACCGAUGACCAUGCCUACCGCACUGCCACUUCUGGCGGUGCAGGUAUUGGAAGUGGACUGAACACUAUCUCGAAUUACGAUUGGGUUGACUUCGCUCGCGAGAAAUGGGAUACAUGCUCCGAUGCGUCAGGAUCAGAUUGCCUUACUCCAAAGGGGUUCACCUUCAUGCGCUGGAACCCAUCCACCGGAGUGUACAUCGACUUCUACAAUAUUCACGCCGAUGCUGGUACCGAGGAUGGCGACGAGACGGCGCGCAAUAGCAAUCUGCAGCAAGUAGCGGAUUAUAUAGACACUUGGUCCAUCGGAAAUGCAGUGGUUGUGAUGGGAGACACAAACAGUCGCUACACUCGGAGUGCUGAUACUGGUAUCCGUGUCUUCAAGUCUCAGAACAGCCUCACUGAUGCUUGGGUUCAACUGGAGACAGGUGGGGUUUAUCCAACCGCGGGUGCUGAUGCCAUUCUCUGUGACAACCCGUCAACGAUUGAGACCUGUGAGACUGUCGAUAAGGUCCUUUACCGGGGAUCUGACAUCGUGACCCUCUCGGCCAACAGCUUCUAUUAUGAUGGCGAAAAGUUCCUGAACACCGACUCUGAAUACCUGGGCGACGUUCUGUCCGACCACAACCCUGUUCUGGUCAACUUCACUUGGACGAUGUCAAGCUCCCUUCGACAGAGCGAAUUCUCCGGUGGUCCACACGGAACUUGGUUCAAUGAUCUUCCCAACAUGCCAUCAUCUCCCACAGCUUCUGUUUUGACUUUCCGUGGCGCCAGUCGAUUGGAUGCUGUUGCACUGGAGCUGACCGAUGGAACAUCAUUUAGCCAUGGAGGAACCGGUGGAACUGCAGCGUCACUUACUCUCAGCUCUGGUGAGCACUGGAUUACCACUGAAAUUUGCACUGGUCAAUACAAUAGCCAGACUCGGAACUUCUACAUCAAGGCUACUACUAGCGCUGGAAACACUUUGGAAGCCGGUACAUCAACUGACAGCUGCACGACAUAUACUGCCGAUGAUGGCUACGCCGUUGUUGGAUUCAUGGGACAAGAUGGUGAUGAGGUGGACCAAUUGGCUCUGAUUUAUGCUCCUUACUAG